GUCUAAUUUCAUUAGACUUUAUUAAAUUAUCUAUUAAUUAAGUUGAUAAAUUAAUUUGAUUUAUUAAUAUAUAUUUUAUAUUAAAACCUAAUGUCUCAAGUUUCUCUUCUCUGUACGCACAAUGCCACCGUCUAAAUCGACUUCGACUUCGACCUAUUCACAAGUAGCCGACGGAAGAAUCACCGACCACCUCAAACAAUUUUUCUGUUUAUUUUCCUCCUUUCCGAUGCACCGCAAGCUUCACCUGAUGACACUCAUUGUUUCCCAUCAUGAGUAACUGGAGAAAAUUCUCCGCUAGUAGCCUACCGGCAUGAGUCGUUGUCGAAGAAAAGGCUACAAGCAGUUGUCGUUCCGUUUCGGCCGUUUCAAUCCAUUAUUUUACCGUUAUAACAUCUAAAAACGGUAUUUCAGAGAACUCUCAUCUUCGCAUGAAAUGCAUGCUAAGAGGUUGAUGCAGACCGUUGAGAGGUUGAACAAGGACAAAGCCUUUUAGAUCAAAGAAGUAAUCAAAAUCAAGGAGUGGUAAGAGAAAUGACUUAUUCGUAAAAAAAUUAAGGCAAUUUAAAGUUGAUAGAAAUCUAAAUGGUGAGGAGAAACUUUUUAUUUUAUUUUUAAAGUUGUACCAAGUGUUUUGGAGAGCUCUUAUUAACUAAAAUUUAUAUCCAAGAAAUUCUAAAAGAAUCCAUUCAAACUUUGGAUACCAAAAGAUUUUUAUAGAGUUUUAAAAAGUUAAAUUUGAAUACAACAUGAUUUUUUAAAACUCUAUAAAAAUCUAAUUUGAAUAUCACUAUAUUUCUAUAAAAUUUAUAAAAAUCUAAAUUGAAUACAUUUAGAUUUUUAAAAUCUAUAAAAAUCAUUGAAAGUAAUUAAAAAUCUAUCCAACUUCAUCAAUUUUGACUCUUGGGCAGCAAAUAGAUAAAAUAUACUAGAAAAAAUGAGACAGCGAAAGGAAAUAAACAUUAAAUUGACUGGUUGAUUUUCCAUGAUUUUUCUCUAUCCAAUCCAAUGAAAUACGCGAUGACAACAAACUAAACUAUCAUCUUUAAUUUUUGUGCAGUAGGAAAACAAAAAAGAAAAAAAACAUUUUAAAAUAAAUAUUUUGUUUGUUGGUAUUAUAUAUAUAUUGUAAGAAAUAACCGAAUCAAUAGCCACUUUACUCUUCUUCUGCCUUUCUUCUGAGAUAUUUGAUCAGAUAGCAGCAAUUGAUGGAAUUGGGAAAUAGAUGGUCUCUUCGAGGAGAAACAGCCUUGGUCACUGGUGGAUCCAAAGGGAUAGGGUGUGCUAUUGUGGAAGAACUAGCAAGAUUUGGUGCAGCAGUUCAUACGUGCGCCAGGAAUGAAGCAGAGCUGAAACAGAGUUUGCAGAAAUGGAGAGACCUGAAGCUUCAGGUGACUGGUUCGGUCUGUGACGUCUCCUCCUCGGAGGAGAGGGAGAAGCUGAUAGAGGAAGUCAGCGCCAUCUUCAACGGCAAACUCAAUAUCCUGGUUAAUAACGUAGCAAUUGACUACCAUAAACCAGUUCUAGAGGUGACCCAAGAAGAGUACAAGCACACCAUGAACACCAACUUGGAAGCUGGUUUCCAUUUGAGUCAACUCGCUCAUCCUCUUCUCAAGACAUCUGGACGGGGCAAUAUCGUCUUUAUUUCCUCAACUGCUGGUCUCCGAGGAAAAUCUUCUAUGUCCGUCUAUGGAGCGUCUAAGGGAGCCAUGAACCAACUCACUAAAUGUCUCGCUUGCGAGUGGGCUAAGGAUAAUAUUCGUACCAAUUGUGUUGCGCCCGGUAUGAUCGACACACCUAUGGCUAAACCGUUCAUGGAGAACAAAGAACGGGUAGCGAAGUGGUGUCAUCGUACUCCGCUUGGGCGUGUGGGAGAGCCUGAGGAAGUGGCAGCUUUAGUGGCUUUUCUUUGCCUUCCUUCUUCCUCUUUCAUCACCGGUCAAGUGAUUACGGCCGAUGGAGGUAGAACAAUAAGCGGUGACUAUUAAAAUGAUGAAGAACCGAAGCUAAAACAUAGUUAAAGAACCCUGGAAUGAUGACAUGAAGCAAAGAAUAUGCUCUAUCUAUGUCCCAAGACAUAGGUGUAUUCCUCAGGGGAGGCUUUAAAAGGAUCCCAAAGGCUCGUGGAGAGGGAGAGAGGAGUUUCCUGGUGACAAAGAACCCUAGGAGAGUUGUUCCAAGGAGCAAGAGUUCUCCUCCACGUUUGGAGUUAGAGAAGUAGCCCGGAGACAUCAUUCACUUCAUUGAAUAAGCUUAUUUCUCUUUCUCUUAGAUUUGGGUUGUAAAAGCUUGCUUAAAACAUGUCUUCUUGCUAUAACUCCAUAUCCAUGGAGUAGUACUCUUGAUUCUAGUACUAUGGAGUAGCCUUUUGUCAUGUAGACAC